GACUGCGGCCGCUGGCGAUGUUGCUGGUGCAUUCAUCUUGUCGCUGGUCCAGCCAGUGUUCACGUCGUCGUCGAUGCUCCUAGCUUGUGCAGCCAACACAUACACGCUCCACCUCUCUCCUCUGCAUAGGAUGGAGAAGCUACGCGUGAGACUGACCUCAGGGUUUGUCGCGCACUAUGCAAAGAUACCACACGGGAGCCCCUGCCCUUGGCUGGGCGACCAGCUCUCGCUUGGCUUCGAGCUUCGUGCAAUCAGCACUCUGCUGAAGGACGACGUUGUACAGCUUGGGCUGCCCACAAUUGAGAGCCAGCAUGGACAGUGCGUGCUGUUGUUUGCAGCAAAGACGAGUGUGUUCAAAGAUGCACGGUUUCGAAAGCGAAUUGCAAAGGCGGGCAUGGCGCUCGUCGGUAAGCCACUGGAUCCAAGUCUGCAGCAGAUUCUCGCAGCACUGCACCUGCGGAUCUUGGUCCACUCUCGGUUCUGGACAUGUGGCGACCACGCAAACUGGACAUGGUUGCUCAAGGAGACCAUCGCCACCCAAGGACCCCCACUUCCAGCCUGCAUCAUGUCCGUCGAUGACCUUGGGGAUGAUGAGGACGAUGGCGACGACGACGUCUUCUUCAUUCACACAAGAGGCUGCCGUGUUGCAACACAGCCACUUCAGCUCGAAGCACUGUUGCCGACAGCAAGCCAGCGAGAGUCGUUCUUGGCCCAAGAUCAAGCACAUCCCAUCGAAGAGAUUUGCUGCUUCAUGCUACCGUAUGGAACACCGUGCAAGCUCGACCGCAUCUUGCCUCCCCACGCUGUCAAGACCUCCUUCCUCAGCACUUACACCACCGUGUGGAACAAGAUGUUGCCAGACCCAGGGUUUGUUGGCCUGGUGGUGUUUCCGGGUGCUGCUUCUGCACAAGCGGUGCCUGGCAGCCUGCUGUUUACGUCUCGGCCAGCACCGAUCAUUGAAGGGCGCCAAGACCGCUUUGGGGGUUCAUACCUGCAGGAGAUGAAAGAGGAGCUGAAAGCCGUCAUCAAAGGCAUAGCGACCGUCGAGACCGUGAACAAGCCAGCCCAUGUACAAGGACUGUGGCCAGAGGAAGAGUGUUCACUUCGCCGCUACCUACGCGACUCCUUCGCGGCCAAACUUGUCGAUGAUGACAAGAAUACGGAGACAAUGCCGCUCUCGUCUUCUUCCUCGCCCACAGCCCUGGGUCAGGAUACGAGCAACGAGGGAGCCAUCGGGAAGACCCCUCGUCCUCCACCCAUCGUGCCUUCGUUCAAAGCCAGGCGACCAAAGGUGAUAGCAGUGACAACAGCAGCGAAAGCAAAGAAGGCGUCAUCAAAGUCCACGAAGAAGCGCCAGAGCACGAGCUCGUCAUCAUCAUCAACAUCAAGCACCCCAUCCACCCCUUCGAGCAACGCCAAGACCAAGACGAAGCCCAAGCCAAAAGAUUGCAAACGAAGACCAUCAACAGCAGCUGGCAGUGCCGAUAACGCGAGCGAGACACCAGCCACCAAGGAGGCAUCUGCACAUAGUGGAGGCGACUCUGCGGGCGUCCACACCCAAGCGACGAAGGAUGGCACGGCAGAGCUGGUGGAUAGCGAGGUGCCAGCGAAGAAGCCGCAGCCGAAGAGGAAGCAAACGAAGACCGCAUCAGCGACGAAGCGAGGACAAGCGAGCAAGCAACACAGUAGCAGUGGUGGGGGGAACGGCGAGAAGAGGCGAGACGAGAAGCGUCAGGGCGGCGGUGAUGCAGAUGGCGAGGAUGCAGUGACUGGUGAGACGGCGGCGACACAGCAAGAUACCGCCGGUGGCGACAAAGGUGACACAUCGGCUGCAUCACCUGAUGCGCAACGCAGCAAGAAGACGACAACGGCACGACCAAGCACGAAGAAGGCGACGACGAAGAAGACGACGACGAAGAAGAACAAGAACAAGAAGAAGGACGACAAGGAUAAGGCAAAGUUGUUGGGGGAUGACGACGACAAGACAAGGGGCGACACCAGCAAGGAGGCGACUGUAUCAUCACCGAGAGCGGGCAAAGUCCUGUCGUCAUCACCACCAUCGCCAGCAGUGGCCAAGCAGCUGUUGCCCAGUCUGGAUGCUGUUGCGAGCCAGCAGGGUGGCGAGGGCGUGGGGGAGGGCGGGAACGCCACGAAGAAGGCCAAGAAGGACGACGGCGCUGCUGCAAAGAAGUCGACAUCGACACGCAAGCGCAAGGACGUUGCCACCAUGCGAAAGGAGGCCGAGGCAAAGGUGGCUUCGUUGAACAUGAGCACCGUUGUGGAGAAGAGCGGCUUUGCGGCUCUCAACACGGAAGUGCUUCGACUCUGGCUCAGCAAGCACAAUGUCAAGACGACAACCAAGAUGAAGAAGGGUGUGCUGAUCGAGAAGUGCAAAGAAGUAGUGGCUGCCAGCAGCUGAAGUCCACAGCACACACCCAGCGCGGCUGUCAUGUGGUCGUGUGCGUAUCGUGUGUGUGUGUGUGUGUGUGUGUGU